AUGACACCGUCCUGGAAGAAGCCUCUUAGUCCAGGUAUGAAAUUUGAUAAUAUGUUGAUCUUAUGAGUGUUUCCUCAAAAUGUUAAAUAUCCUCUUAUAUUCAUGACUUAAGCAGAUUAAUCUAAGAUUGUUUUUCUUUCUUCAGGUUUAGGAGGGAUCAUGUUGUUUGUUCUGCUUUUUCCAGGUCAGUUUGGACCCAAACAUGUCCUGAUGUAUGUGUUUUUUUUUUCACAGGAUGUUCAUUUCACUCAGAUGUUUAGUCACACUGAAACAGGCUCUCUAAAGUAAUUAUUAUGAUUGAUGUCUGACAGGGAUAUUAUUUCACAUAAUGACCUAACUUUACCUGUGUUGGUUAUCGUUGUGUCCAUGGUCAGUACAUGGUGCAUGGUGCAAAGCAAAAUAUAUGCAGAUGAGUUAAUAAUGUAUAUUAAAAUAUUAUCAUACAGCCCAAAAUAAAAAAGUAAUGAUAUGAGUUUAACAAAGUUGUCAUCUGUAGGAAUGUUUUAGACAGUUUACACUCGAGUUCAACACUGUUUUCUUUUCUUUAAGUCAGUCCAACUUGUUUCACAAACCUGUGAAAUCUUGAACAGACUCGAUGUUGCAUGAGAAAGGUAGUACCAUGUCUAUCCACAAGGUGGUGCUAUGCCAGAAUUUAAGGGAAAAGCACAUAGAUGAGUUCAGGGAAGGGUCUCAAUCAUGCAUAUGAGAAAUCAACCAAAGUGGACACUGUAUGAAUGAGUAGCAAUAAUGCUGAGUUCCAGUUGUACUCCGAAGUUGGAAUUUCCAAGGUUCGCAACAAAAAUAAGGGUGUCGUUGGAACUUUCAAUGCUGAAAGAUAACCAAUGGGCGGCACAGUGGUGUAGUGGUUAGCACUGUCACCUCACAGCAAGAAGGUCAGGGGUUCUAAUCCGGGUCAGGGCAUGUCUGUGUGGAGUUUGCAUGUUCUCCCUGUGUCAGUGUGGGUUUACUCCGGGUACUCCAGUUUCCUUCUACAUCCCAAAAACAUGCAGAAGUGGGGUUAGGUUAACUGGCCACUUUCAAUUUGCUUGUAGAUGUGAGCGUGGAUGGUUGCUCGUUUCUAUAUGUCUACAGUGAAAGUUCGCGUAAUGUUUCAUUUAUUAGCACUUCUGUUUUGUUUUUGUGAAAUUAAGUAAGUGGUUUAUGUUGUACUGCCCAACGUCUAACUGUGAACACGGUGCUAUGGUGUUUGUAAGAGUAAAAUACAGAGUUAUUUGCUGGUAUAGCUAAAAACAACUAACAGCUGACAAUUGUAAACAACAGCUAACAGUGGGCGUCCAUCUUGGUUUUCCGACUUGUGAAGCAAAUUUUUUUUUUGGUAGGGUGGUAGGGGAAGGUCCCACCCUCCUUUGCCUCUGAUUGGCUAGAAGUGCUGGGUUCUGAUUGGUUAUUCCGAAUGAAUGUGAAACGUCAUCAUCUGUCAAGUUAGGGUUAGGCGGGUUCAGAAGUGCGAUAAUGUUCUGUUCGAUGUACAGAGCCGACAGCCCGCGUUUGGCUUGAGCGCGUGAUGAUGUUUCCAGCUUUUCUAGCCAAUCAGAGGCGAAGGAGGCGGGACUUUCCCCUACCGUCCUACAAAAAAAAUAUUGCUUACUGGAACUCCGUCAACUCGGGUGUAACAUCAUUCCCAGCUCCGACUUCCGAGGUAACUGGAACGCAGCAAACCUUCCUGUUUCAUGGUGACGUCAAAGUUUGAAGUGCUGCCAUGGCAACAUACCUUAAUGUGAAGCGAUUCCUUCAAAUGUGAGGGUUUGAUGGUUUUGUGGACAAAAUAUAAACACACCAAGGACCUACUUUUCUAAUGUAACUGUGUGCCUUUGUUUACAGCACUGUGCUCAUGCUUCUACGAAUACCACUUCAUUGAUGAACCAAAGUCUUGGAAUCAAGCUAGAGACUACUGCAGGGGGAAGUACGAGGAACUGGCCACCAUCGACAACACGGAGGACGUGACGCGCGUGAGGGCAGCUGUCGGUAGUGGCUUCAAGGGGCAGGUGUGGUUCGGCUUGUAUGACCGCGUAAAAUGGAAAAGGUCUGACAUAAAACCAGGCUCCCCUGAAGACGAGGAGGACCAAUUUACCAAGUGGAGCCAAGGCGAACCAAACAUCAUACUAGCAAACAAGAAAAUAUGUGUCGCUUUCCGACAAGGAACCUGGCGUGACGUACAGUGCCAUGUAGAACAACAGUUUGUCUGCUACAACAGCCAAACUAGUGAGUAAACAUUUGUUUUUGUUAGCAAAAUGAGGGAUAAAGUAUUUUGAUUUAAAACACUAAAAACAAUCCUAAGAUAGUACGCACAAGAUUAUCUACAGGGGGCGCCAAAAUUGACACUUCACACUAUAAGCUCCAUCCAAUAACGAAGUCAGGGGUGUAUUUUUUGUACAAAACAUAUAUUCCUCAAAAAUCAAAGAACUCUGCUUUAAAUUUCUUAUUUCAGGUUUGUCUUCCAUUGUCUCUCCCAAGUAUGUCUUGAGUGAAAACAAUUCAAGUUGGAAGGACGCUAGGACCUACUGCAGGAGUAACCACGUGGAUCUGGCAAUUAUAAAGAACGACAGUGAGAACACGGAGGUCCAGGACGUAGUAGGAGAUGACCGGUCUGUCUGGAUAGGCUUCUACAGAUAUGCUUGGAACAAUUGGGCAGGCGAUAAUAGUGACUUCAUGAACUGGGUACAAGGACACCCAAAAAAUCGAUCCGAGGGCUGCGCUACCAGCCUGUUUGACGCUAAACACUCGGGACAGUGGGUUGAAGCACACUGUGGGGAAGCAUUUCCUUUUGUUUGCCAUGGCGGUAAGUCAUUUUUAUCUCUGAACCAUUCUGACCAAAUUUGUGCCAAUCUUACAAUGAAACAGCUAUGUAUACUGAUCCCUCACAGGGUUGCGAAUUCUUGCGCCGUCACUCGAAAAGAAGCAGAUCUUUCGUAUCAAGAUCACGAAGUCGGAAACUACAGCUGAUCUCAAUCAACCCGCUGUGAAUGAGGCCAUCCUACACCAGGUAAUCAUCAACACACAUACGACGGAACAUUUUGAUAGCAUGGUAACAUACCGCCACUCCGACAAUUAGAGACCAAUGUCGGAAUGGCGGGAUGUCGGAAUGGCGGUUCUCCCCUGGUUUGAACAUAAGUUUUGAGUUUGUGUCACAUGGACUUACUGAGUUAGAAGUGUGUGAAAGACACUCGAUCCGACCCGAAAAACUCUCAAAAUCAGCUUGGUGCGACUCUGUGACUCCACCCCGGUGUAGUCGUGUGCUCUUUUUGGAAAGUCAGAAUAUGGUCACCCUAAUGAAACGAUAAACUUGAUUGUCCUUCUGAGUCACAUUUUUCAAGGAGCCAAGGGCUGCACAAACCCGACUUUAUCCACAAUUAAUUGAAUAAAAACGUAAUUUUUUUCACGGACAACAACUGAGCAUUGAGGGGGUCGCAGAAGUGGAGGGAGAUUACAAAAGAUAAUUAAUAAUAUUUCUCGUAACCUGAUGUUAAUUUAUAAUGAAUAUAGCUAACUUUAUAAUUACGAUUUUUAAACAAAAACAAUGGGGGUGCAUUUAUAGUUGAAGUUACAGUAAUAUUUGUAUUAAUUUUUUGUCAUCAGAGGAAUUUUUUUUUCCAGAUUAAGGAGAAAAUGGAGGAGAUGGGGAUCACAAGAGAUCUGAAAAUUUCCUGGAUCAAGAAGUCGGAUGAAAAGGUCUUCAGCAAAGCAAAGAAGAAAGCCGAUGAAGUGAAGAUGGACCUUGAAUGUUACAGGCUAUAA